AUGGUUAGGCGAUUGUGGAAGAGCCACCUAGAGACCAAGCGGUCAAACGGUGACAAAGGCACAUUCUUGCAUACUCCCGUGUUCAAGGAUGGAGCAGGAAAGAAUGCCGGGCUCCGAAUAAACUCAAGAGAUUUUGCCAAAGAAACAACUUUGAAAGAUUCUACGAAAAGCAUAGAUGUAGCUUUCGACUACAACCCAUGGAUAGUGGUUCCACUCAGAGGUCCAUCAGCAGCGCUGAUGAAAUCUGGGAGUACGAUCACCACUGCAAUAGCCUUUGAUCGUCUGUGUGCUCUGUAUUUUCCUAUAGCAUACUAUAGGAUUUCAAAGCGAAAGUAA